AUGGCUGAUGAGUUGUAUAAGAAAGGGAUCGAUGGGAGUUUGUCGAGAUGUUUAGGUCAGGAUGAUCAAAAUAUUGCUUUGGGCGAAGUCCAUAAUGAGAUAUGUGGUUCCCAUCAAGCUGGAAAGAAGAUGAAAUGGGUGUUGUAUCGCAAUCAUGUGUAUUGGCCAUCUAUGAUAAAAUAUUGCAUCAAUUAUGCAAAAGCAUGUCAAGAAUGUCAGAAAUAUGGUUCGAUACAACAGAUUCCAGCAUCUGAGUUUCAUUCGAUAAUAAAGCCAUGGCUAUUUAGAGGUUGGGUUUUGAAUUUGAUUAGGUUAAUUCACCCUUCUUUAUCAAAACAGCAUAAAUUUAUCUUGGUAGCAAUCGAUUAUUUUACGAAGUGGGUUGAAGCAGUUCCCCUAAUAGAAGUUGGUCAAAAUGAAAUAAUAGACUUCAUUGAGGAAUAUAUUAUCCAUCAAUUUGGAAUUCCUCAAACAUUGAGCACUGAUCAAGGGACUAUGUUUACCGUGCUACCACUAGAGAUUAAUUUGAAUACUUUGAGAGUAUCAAAACAGAAUGAUUUGCCAGUUGAUGAUUACUAG